UCAAGCAUGGCGGUGGGUAAAAAUAAGGGGCUUUCAAAAGGUGGUAAAAAGGGUGUAAAAAAGAAGAUUGUAGAUCCCUUCACUCGUAAAGAUUGGUACGAUGUUAAGGCACCAUCUAUGUUUACCAACCGUCAUGUUGGCAAAACAUUGGUCAACAGAACUCAAGGAACAAAAUUAUUGAAAUACCGAGUUUUUGAAGUCUCUUUAGCAGAUUUACAGAAUGAUGGAGAUGCAGAGAGAUCUUUCCGUAAAUUUAGAUUAAUUGCAGAGGAUGUUCAGCAUCGUAAUGUCUUGACCAAUUUCCAUGGCAUGGAUUUAACUACAGAUAAAUUGAGGUCCAUGGUCAAGAAAUGGCAAACUCUGAUAGAAGCUAAUGUUGAUGUAAAAACUACUGAUGGCUAUCUUCUCAGAGUUUUCUGCAUUGGUUUCACUAACAAAGAUCAACUGAGUACCAGGAAAACAUGUUAUGCUCAACAUGCACAGGUCAAGAAAAUCAGACAGAAGAUGGUAGAUACGAUCACAAAUGACGUUACAAAAAGUGACUUGAAGGGUGUGGUUAGUAAACUCUUGCCAGAUGCCACCGCCAAAGACAUUGAGAAAGCCUCCCAAGGAAUUUACCCACUUCAUGAUGUUUAUAUUCGUAAAGUUAAAGUAUUAAAGAAGCCGCGUUUCGAAUUGAGCAAAUUAUUGGACCUCCACGGCGAUGGUGCGGGUAGUAAAAGCGAAGAAGUAGGUGAAAGUGGGUCGAAGGUCGACAGACCAGAAGGCUACGAACCACCUGUGCAGGAAUCCGUUUAAGGGAGUAAUUCUCUUUCAAUAUUUCGUAUAAAUACACGUUC